AUGGGAGGAGAGGGGUUGUCUGUGUGUGUUGGCAGUUUGUUGUGCUGUGGGGUGCUGGCCGGCCUGGCAGAUGGCCAAGCCGGUGUUCGAAUCCGCCACGGGGCAACAUGGCCCGAAUCGCCUCCGGGGCUCGUGAGGCAGAUGAGCCGAGUCAGCAACGCUGCGUCCGAUUGGCGCUCGGCUUUUCCUCAAUCCCCACGACGGAAGUACAGCAGAACAGCCACACCCGAGACUGCCGACGUGUCGCCAUGUCUACACAUUCGACACAGUCUCAGUGUCGCCAAGGCAGCCUGUCAUGACGACAGUAUGAGUUGCAGUUGUCGGUCCGAUUUGAACCUCCCUUUGACACCUCAUCGCGACACUAAACCGAGUUGCAGACAUGACGAGAAACUGAGCCGUUUCCAAAAUCGCUCAACUCAUUUUGUGCUGUUGUGCGACGAAAAAGUUUGCGAGGGAUUCCAACUUUGGCCGAACCGUGAAAUAAGUCGACAUCUUGACGUUUUGGCGGUUGAUUCGAGUGAAAGUGUCUUAGAAUUGCUCUCUUUUGAUGCACGCCUCGAUUCAUUCGAGCCGAGCCUUGUUUGGCCAGGCCUAAUGUACAAGUAG